GGAGGGGCGAGCGGUUUCGGCGGCGGAGCCGGAUGCGGGCGGCGCCGGGGUCGCAGCGGCCCUGGGGAUGGGCGGAGCCCCGGCCACCAGCACAGGCGGCCGCUGCCGCUGCGGGAGCCAGAACCCCAGCGUCCGUCCCAGCUCCGGCGCUGCGCUGCUGCCCAGAGCGGCGGUAUGCUGGGGAAGGGCGUCGGCGUCGGUGGCACCAAGGCGCCCAAACCCUCCUUCGUGUCCUACGUGCGCCCUGAGGAAAUUCACACAAACAACCAGGAAGUAGCAGAGAAGGAAGUAGCUCUUCACUUGUUGCCAGGGGAGCAGCUGCUCUGUGAAGCCAGCACAGUGCUAAAGUAUGUUCAGGAAGAUGCCUGUCAGCACGGCAUCUAUGGGAAGCUCAUCUGCACAGACUUCAAGAUCGCCUUCUUGAGUGACGAUGACUCAACCUUGGAUAAUGACGUAUGUGAAACCCAAUUUAAGAACAAGGUGAUAGGAGAGAAUGAAAUCACUCUCCACUGUGUGGACCAGAUCUAUGGAGUGUUUGAUGAGAAAAAGAAAACUCUCUUUGGACAACUGAAGAAGUACCCUGAGAAACUUAUCAUCCACUGCAAAGACCUCCGGGUGUUCCACUUUGGUCUGAGGUACACAAAAGAAGAGGAAGUCAAAAGGAUUGUGAGUGGCAUCAUCCAUCACACACAGGCCCCUAAACUGCUUAAACGGCUGUUUCUGUUCUCCUACGCAGCCACUGCACAAGACAAGCCAGUCCGGGAUCCCCAGAACCACACUGUGAUGUUUGACACACUUCAGGACUGGUGCUGGGAGCUGGAGCGGACCAGAGGCAACAUGAAGUACAAGGCAGUGAGUGUCAACAAAGGUUAUAAAGUCUGCGAAAGGUUGCCGGCCUACUUUGUCAUCCCCAUCCCUCUUCCUGAAGAGGAAGUGCCACGCUUCCAGGGUCACGGCAUCCCAAUAUGGUGUUGGUCCUGCCACAAUGGAUGUGCCCUUUUGAAAAUGUCAGCACUGCCCAAAGAACAGGAUGAUGGCAUUUUACAAAUACAGAAGAGCUUCUUGGAUGGAAUUUACAGGAUCAUCCACAGACCUCCCUAUGAAAAUGUCAAAACAGAAGACCUGUCAAGCAACUUCCUGUCCCUGCAGGAAAUCCAGAGUGCAUACUCUAAAUUUAAGCAGCUGUUUCUGAUAGAUAAUAGCACUGAAUUUUGGGACACUGACAUAAAGUGGUUUUCCCUGCUGGAAAGUAGCAGCUGGCUCGACAUCGUCAGACGGUGCCUGAAAAAAGCAAUAGAGAUUGCUGAGUGUCUGGAAGCACAAAAUAUGAACAUCCUUCUUUUAGAGGAGAAUGCAUCCGACCUCUGCUGCCUCCUCUCCUCCUUGGUGCAAGUGAUGAUGGACCCCCACUGCAGGACCCGGGUUGGCUUCCAAAGCCUCGUCCAGAAGGAGUGGAUCAUGGGCGGGCACUGUUUUCUGGAUCGAUGCAACCACCUGCGUCAGAGUGACAAAGAGGAGGUCCCCAUGUUCCUGCUGUUCUUAGACUGCGUCUGGCAGCUCAUGCACCAGCAUCCCCCUGCCUUUGAGUUCACGGAGACAUACCUGACCGUGCUGUCAGACAGCCUCUACAUUCCCAUCUUCAGCACCUUCUUCUUUAACUCACCUCAUCAAAAAGACAUCAACAUGGGCAGGGAAAACCUGGACAUACAAAGCAAGCCCUUGAAUCUGCUCACUGUGUGGGACUGGUCUGUACAGUUUGAACCCAAAGCUCAGACACUGCUCCAAAACCCCCUCUACGUAGCCAAACCGAAACUGGACAGGGGCCAGCGGAAAGGAUCGCGCUGCAAACAUCACCAACGCCAGCUUUCUUUGCCGCUUACCCAAUCAAAAUCAUCUCCUAAACGAGGAUUUUUCAGGGAGGAGACAGACCACCUAAUCAAAAACCUACUGGGCAAGAGAAUUAGCAAACUGAUCAACCCCUCAGAUGAGCUGCAGGACAGCUUCCGGGAGUUCUAUGACAGCUGGCACAGCAAGCCCAGCGACCACCACGGCCUGCUGCUGCCACGCAUCGAAGGGCCAGAGGUCAAAGUGUGGGCCCAGCGCUACUUGCGCUGGAUCCCCGAGGCCCAGAUCCUGGGCGGCGGCAGAGUGGCCACCAUGAGCAAACUUUUGGAGAUGAUGGCGGAAGUGCAGAGCCUGCAGGAGAAGAUCGAGGAGCGAAACAACAGUCAGGGGGCCCUGCAGGCCAAGGCCCCCUCCUUGCUGAGGAACUCUGCCCGCCUGUCCUCUCUGUUCCCUUUUGCCUUGCUGCAGCGACACUCCUCGAAGCCUGUCUUGCCCACCAGUGGCUGGAAAACUUUGGGAGAUGAGGAAGACUUGGCUAAACGAGAAGAUGAGUUCGUGGAUCUGGGAGAUGUGUGACCCAUCGUGGGGUGAUUGCGGCAAAGGAGCGUUGUUGAUGGCUGGGGACAGGAGUCCAGCCCCUCUGAUCUGAGACCAGUGUGUCUCACUGAAGCUUACUGCUGGAAGGGAGGGAGGGAAGGAGAGGUGGGGACAUCAGCCCAGUGCUCAGAGAGUAAACUUGAGCCUUCAGGAAAAGAGCUACUUCUCAAGUUUUUUUCCCUCAUGCCCCCCCCCCCAACUAUACAGUUCAAACAAGGUCUCUAGUAUUACUCGUCAGAAGACAUUGCUACUCAACCCAUACUAAAUAGAAUUCCCACUGCCAUUUGCUGUGGAAGUAUUAUAUAAAGCCUGGAGUGCCGGCUUACCACGAGAAAGGGCUGGGAUGAGAGGGAGUCUAGGACUCGAGACUUUAGCUCCUCUGCUAUGCCAAGAUGAUUUAUCCAGUUCUUGGGAAUAGAAGUGUCUUGUCACCUGUCUCAGUUCAGAGCCAGUUAUACUUUACAUGCUAUAUAUCUGGCCAGCAGAAGAUUCAAAGAAGUA